UGAUAGGCUGCGUUCUCCGAUAAACAUGCCUGCCGCUUUCUCCGCGGUGUGCGUGAGGGUUUAACCGAGGCUUCUGCACUCGGGUUCGGCUCCCUGAUUGCGUGUGUGUUUGCUUUUCUAAGAAGUUUAUGUGUUUGUCUAACGCCGGUUCAGAUUUCAAAACGGAAAACUGAUUGUUCUGGUUCUUUUUACCGUAGGCGGUUUGGAUUACAGAGGGAGCCCUGGAUGUUUGCAGCCUUUUGCUUCAGCUGGUAGGGAGGAAAAAAGGUGGAAACCGACCUGCAGCAGUUGCUUCUUGUGAAAGGGGAGAAAUACCGGACGCUGUUCUGGGAUUAUUUGUCCAAGUGCUUCGUCCUGAAAAGGCUUCUGAAACAAUCAGUAGGCAUCUGAGAAGUGAAUUGGAAGUUCGGAGUCGUGGGCUUUUUCUUUCUAGCGGUGCCGAGCACCUCACCCUUGGAUGCUUUUGUCCGCAUGGCAUGGAUACAUGGCUGAAUUUAUCAAGUUCUGAACACUUCAGCUGCCAAAAUAAAGUACUUUCUUGCUUUUAAAUACUUUAUCUUCUAGGCAACAUUCUGUCUGAAUCACAGGCGUAACCAGUUUUGUUAACUGGCUCCAGGUUAAAUGCAGCCUGAGUCACUGUGUAGACAUUGCUGAAAAGUUUCAUGCCAGGUAUUUUUCCCCUUACCUUGUUUUUUAGAUUUUCUGACAUAGCCUUCUGUCAUUUUGCAGUGAGACCUGUUUUCUAAAUGAAGAGUCUAUUAAUAGACGUUUGUUUAUCAUUUUUUCUUUUAUAUUUUAUUUAAUAUUUUUGUUGAAAAAUGUUGUUGCCAAUAAGCAGUAUGGAGGUAUCCAGAUAGCUGUUGUUUACAAAUGCCUCUGUUACCCGAAGCUAGGAAAUGUUCCACAGUUCAGAUGUGAAAUUUGGAUUUUUGGCUUCACAGUUCGUGGUGUAAAAAGCGUAUUUAUUUCACCUGGAGCUGAUGCUUCUUAUAUGUAUAUGGAAUAGACAAGAGAAGAAGCUGUCAGAGAAAAAAAACGCUUUUUAAGACAGAGAGUUGGCAAAUUUUGGAAAUAGCCUUGUGGAAUCUGUAAGCAAAAAGGAUGGGUGGCUGAUUUCUGUGAGCUCAAAUUUAUGUCAAACAGCUACGAAUGUAGUAUCAACAAGAACUUGGGAUAUUAUCUCAAGGAAAACAAACUGGAAAAAUACAAAUCACGCAGUACUAACACCUUGUGCGGUCCUCUUGGAUUAGGUUUGCAUUCAGCUGAAUUGCUACUGCCUCAAAGAAAAUUAAGAUGGACAGAACAACUUAAUUCAAAAAUUCUCGGGAAGACUCCAAAGUGCAAAAGAACUCCUGCUGAUUUUUUUACAUAAUGUAUGCUGAACGAUGUGGUGAUGUUACUGCAAUAACACUUCAGCUUUUGGACUUUGAACCUUGCAAAGGGCAAGAGGGGCUUGCCAUGAGGUGCUGAAGCCUUGUUUCUUUGAUUUGGAGAGACUGGACCUAAAUGGCGCAGCAUGACUUUGCUCCAGCCUGGCUUAAUUUUCCAACUCCACCAUCAUCAACAAAGUCAUCGCUGAACUUUGAGAAACAUUCUGAAAAUUUUUCGUGGACAGAGAAUCGUUAUGAAGCAAAUCGCAGAAGACACAACUCUUCGGAUGGGUUUGAUUCUAACAUUGGACGGCCUAAUGGAGGACAUUUUGGGAGAAAAGAGAAGAAUGGUUGGCGUUCACAAGGCAGAAAUGGUACAGAAAAUAUAAACCAUCGUGGGGGAUACCAUGGCGGAGGUUCCCGUGCUCGUACCAGCACUUUCCACUGUGGAAAAGGUCAAGGACUGCAUGAAAACAAUGUACCUGAUAAUGAAACUGGGAAAAAGGAAGACAAAGAAGUACCCAAACAGUUUGAGGCUGAGGAUUUUCCAUCUUUGAACCCUGAAUAUGAGAGGGAAACAAACCAGAAUAAAUCUUUAGCUGCAGGUGUGUGGGAGUACCCUUUGAAUCCUAAAUCUAGAUCUCCAAGAAUGCUGGUCAUUAAAAAGGGCAGUACAAAAGAACUGCAGAUAUCUGGAUUCCCAGUAGUAGGAAGUCUUCAUUCACAGCCAGUAAGGAAUGGAACUGGCACAAGUGUUUAUAAAGGAUUAGUCCCUAAACCUGUCACUCCACCUGCAAAGCCUGCACAGUGGAAAAGCCAAGCAAAAGAAAAUAAACUUGGGAAUCCGUUUCCUCACGAAUCUGCAUAUGGUGUUGGCAAUUUUAGUCCUUUCAAAUCAACUGCCAAGGCAUUUACUAUAUCACAAAAUUCAGUGAAAGAGUGUAAUCGGUCAAAUUCUUCAUCCCCUGUUGACAAAGUUGGUCAGCCUCGUUUAACAAAAUUGACAAGAAUGCGGACUGAUAAGAAGAGUGAAUUUUUGAAAGCAUUGAAACGAGAUAGAGUGGAAGAGGAACAUGAAGACGAGAAUCAUGCUGGGCAAGAGAAGGAGGAUGAGUCCUUUAACUUGCAUAACAGCAACAGCCCUCAUCAUGAGAGAGAUAUAAACCGAAACUUUGAAAAUGAAAUUCCGCAGGAGAAUGGCAAUGCUUCAAUUACAUCUCAACAGAUCAUUCGAUCUUCAGCUUUCCCUCAGGCAGAUGUUCUUUCAAGCUCACUUGAGGCAGAGCAUAGGUUGUUAAAGGAGAUGGGCUGGCAGGAAGACAGUGAAAAUGAUGAAACAUGUGCUCCACUAACAGAGGAUGAGAUGAGGGAGUUCCGAGUCAUUAGUGAACAGUUACAAAAAAAUGGCCUUCGGAAAAACGGCAUUUUGAAAAAUGGCCUCAUCUGUGAUUUUAAAUUUAGCCCCUGGAAAAACAGCACUUUCAAACCUGCUCUGGAGAAUGAGGAUUCUGAGACGAGCAGCAGUGAUACAUCAGAUGAUGAUGAUGUGUGAAGACUUCUGCAACAUCUGUAGAAGCCCGUUUUGAUCUCAUGAAAAUAUGGGGAUGUGUUGUCCAAAAAAAAUUCCUAAUUUAUGUAGUAACAUACCCACUAGAGGAAGAAUGAUGGGACUUCUCUCUGAAGAAAGCAAGGAAUGUUGCGUUGGGUGUGUUGAACAUUACUAUAAUUUCUUUGUAAACGAAUGUUGUAGAAUGAGGACUUGGGUUGACCCACCAUUGACUUUCUUCAUCACUGAAGCAUUUCUGACUAGCAAUGUGGCAAUGUAACAAAUCAGACUUUCUCAUUUAAUAAUAAAAACAAAGAAUUGUGUAAUGUCUUGCAAAGCUUCUGUCUUAAAAUGUCCAAGUCUAUAAGGAAAAAAAGGGCAGCUUGACACAGUGUUUUGCUUGCCAAGUCAUUUCUUUCAACGUGAGUCCACUUUGUACGCAAGAAGGGCAAUGUAGCAUGUUGGCUAAAAUGAGCAAAGUGCACUAAAACUCUUUUCCUUAAUUGAGCUGUUGUACUGUUCUACUUCUUCCACACAUAACUGCUCUUUAGCCAUUUGUAGUGUAGUCGUCAUUAUUAGCGGCAAAAGACCCUGAUGUUACAGUUCCAAAUUUCUGGAACAGACCUUUAAAUUGAAAGCUUUAUGGGGUAUUGCAAGACCCAGUAUUCUCACAGUGAACAUGUUUCUUGUGGGAAAAUAAGCACUUUGAUUUUACUAUUCACAUGCAGAAAAAUAAUUACACUGACUGGAUUUGUCCACUGCAUGGAAAAUAAACUGAUUUACAGAG